CUAGUUUAUUCCAUUCAGUAGCAACAAUGGAUUCAGCAGCUUCUUUGCACAUAGCAAUGUUUCCAUGGUUUGCUAUGGGGCACUUAACUCCAUACCUUCAUCUCUCCAACAAACUAGCCAAAAGAGGACACAGAAUCUCAUUCUUCAUUCCUAAAAACACACUCAACAAGUUACUUCAUCUCAACCUUUAUCCAAAUCUUAUAACAUUUUUCCCUCUCAAUGUUCCUCAUGUUGAUGGCCUUCCUCAUAAUGCUGAAACUACUUCUGAUGUACCCUUUUCUUUAUUCCCUCUUAUUGCUACAGCCAUGGACCGAACUGAUAAACAAAUUGAACUUCUUCUAGAGGAACUAAAUCCACAAAUUGUUUUCUUUGAUUUUCAAUAUUGGCUACCGAAUUUGACUCAUAAACAUGGUAUCAAAAGUCUUCAAUACUUGAUAUGGAAUCCAAUAUCAACCGCUUACCUUGGAAAUAUACCGAGAAAAAGCCGAGGAAAAGAGUUAACUCAAGUUGAUCUCAUGAAACCACCUUCAGAGUUCCCUGAUUCAUAUAUCAAGCUUCAUUCACACGAACUUCGAUUCCUAGCUUCCGCAAGGAAGCUAGAAUUUGGCAGCGGUGUUUUAUUAUACGAUCGCGUUGACAUAGGCACCGAAUUUUCGGAUGCAGUUGCAUUCAAAGGUUGCAGAGAAAUCGAUGGUUUAUAUACUGAUUAUCUUCAAACUGUUUUUGGAAAACCUGUUCUUCUUUCAGGUCCUCUAUUACCCGAGCCAUCAAAUACGGAUUUGGAGGAAAAAUGGGAAUCAUGGCUUAAGGGAUUCAAACAUGAAUCUGUUAUUUUCUGUGCAUAUGGAAGUGAAGGACCGUUAGAACUAAAUCAGUUUCAAGAGCUGUUGCUUGGUCUUGAGUUAACAGGUUUUCCGUUUCUUGCCGCACUUAAACCACCUAAUGGAUUUGAGUCUAUUGAAGAAGCUUUACCUGAAGGGUUCAAUGAAAGAGUUAAAGGAAAAGGAAUUGUUUAUGGAAGUUGGAUUCAACAACAACUGAUUUUAGAACACCCUUCUGUUGGAUGUUUCAUAACACACUGUGGAGCUGCUUCUAUAACCGAGGGACUUGUUAACAAGUGCCAGUUGGUUUUGUUACCACGUGCCGGCUCUGAUCAUAUCAUGAAUGCAAGAGUGAUGAGUAGAAAGUUGAGACUUGGUGUGGAAGUUGAGAAAGGUGACGAAGAUGGAUUGUUUACAAAAGAAAGUGUGUGUGAAGCUGUGAAGAAUGUGAUGGAUGAUGAGAAUGAGAUUGGAAGAGAAGUAAGAACAAAUCAUGCAAAAAUAAGAAACCUCCUACUUAGCGAAAAUUUAGAAUCUUCAUGUGUUGAUAGUUUCUGUCAAAAACUGUAUGAUUUGCUCUAGCAUUUUUCAGUUUCAAUGAUAAUGAAUGCUGUUAAUUCAGUUUGAUUAUAAAUAAGAACACUGCAUCAAAUUCUGUAGUGUAAAGGACUUAACAAUU